AUGGCAUUGGAGAGCCUUACGGCCGGCGCUGGCUGGGUGGGUGGGGGGUGGAAGGGGGGGGUGUCCCGCCUUCUACGCUCCCUCCGCCCCGGUAGAGCGGGGAGGGAGAGGGGGGGGUCCCCUAAGUCAGGCAGCGGGGAAGCUGGCUCCGAGUCCCGGUUGCAGCCGGCGAGGCGGCUCCUUCUUCUGCCGCUGUUGCUGGUUCUCCUCCUUCUGCUUCUUCAAUCUUGCCCCGUUUUAGCAAUCCACGUGCUUCCUUCCUCGCCCUCCGGGGAUUUACUCGCGAGGAGCAGGGGGCAAGGAGGCGAAGGGGCUGGAGAAGGGGCGAGCGCCGGCGGCCGUUUCUUCCAUCCGGCGGCGGCGGGAGCAGCAAGGAGACCCGAGCGCUCGGGCGGAGGCAGCGGCAGCUGUGCGUCUGUAUCUCUCUCUCUCUUCUUUCUAUUCCUCUCUCCCUCUCUCUCCUGCUAUUCGACUCUCUCUCUCUCUCUCUUCUUUCCCUCUCUCUCUCUUUCUCCUGCCACUCGAGUCUGUCUCUCUCUCUUCUUUCUUUCCCUCUGUCCCUCCCUCUCUCCUAACACUCGUCUCUCUCUCCUUCUCCCUUCUUUUUAUUCCUCUCUUCCCCUCUCUCCUGCUACAGCAUUCUACACUCUCUCUCUCUACCACUCCAGUAUCUUUCUCUCUUCUUUCUAUUCCUCUCUCUCUCGCCACUCGAGCCUCUCUCUUCCUACUCUCUCUCUCUCUCUUUCCUCCUACUCGAAUCUCUUUUCUUUCUUUCCCUCUCUCCUCUCUCUCUCUCUCUCCUCCUACACGAAUCUCUUUUCUUUCUUUCCCUCUCUCCUUCUCUCUCUCCCGCUACUCGAAUCAAUCUUUUCUUUUUUUCCCUCCCUCCUGCUAGUCGAGUCUCUCUCUCUCUCUCUCUCUCUCUCUCUCUCCCCUUCCCUCCCUUCGUUCCCCCCCCUCCAGUCUUUUUUUUUUCCCUCUUCCCAAAGACAGAGGCGGUUACGAAAGACUUUCCUGCACCCACCAGGGGCCGUGAUUGACACCUCAUGGAGAUUAGACCACUUGCAAGGCAACCUCUGGAUGCCGAUUGGAGGCGGGCGGCAACAUGAAAGGGCUCUUUUGGAGUCUCCAAAAAAAAAAAAAAAAAAGGCAGCAGCCACCCAGCCCUCCUGAAAUAAAAGGAGCGGCGGCGGCUUUGAGGUAUUUCAUUUCCAGCCAGGCGCAGGCAGCAGAACCCAGAGCCACGGAGGAAGGAAAGGGAGGAAGGCAGCAGGCAGGCGCGCCAGCUCGCCGCCCGCCCGCCUCCGCUGGAGACGGCGGGGUUUUUCUCCUCCUUUUCGUCUCCUUCUUCCCCCCUCUGCCAGUGGGGAUCGGGCGAGGGCGAACCCCUGUUGCUCUUUGGGCCGCGAUGGGCUGGCUUGGAAACUUGGCCCCCCUCUCCUCUCCCUUCCCUCCCCAUCCCAUGCGCGCCUGCAAGGGCUGAGCCCCGACUUGGAAUCCUGCGCGCACGGUCGUGGGAAUGCAUUUUCUCCGCUCUCUUUUGCCCGCGUCGGUAGCUUCCCUGGGCAGGCUUUACCAGAUUAAUAGAGUGGGAGGGUACCUUGGAGGUCAUCUAGUUCAUCCCUCCCGCCCAAGCAGGAGACCCUACUACCAUUUCGGACAGAUGGUGUUUCAGUCUCUGCUUGAAAGCUUCCAGUGAUGAAUAGGAUAGGAUAGGAUAGGAUAGGAUAGGAUAGGAUAUUGGAAUGUGGAAUAGAAUAGAAUUCUUUAUUGGCCAAGUGUGAUUGAACACACAAGGCAUUUGUCUUUGGUGCAUACGCUCUCAGUGUACAUAAAAGAAAAGAUACGUUUGUCAAGAAUCAUAAGAUACAACACUUAUUGAUAGUCAUAGGGUACAAUAAGCAGUUCCCACAACUUCUGAAUAACAGAAUAAUAACAGACUAACAGAGUUGGAAGGGACCUUGUAGGUCAUCUUGUCCAACCCCCUGCCCAAGCAGGAGACCUGCUGACACCAUUUCUGACAGAUGGCAGUCUUGAAAGCCUCUAGUGAUGAAGCUCCCACAACCUGCAAAGGCAACUUCCGUUCCAUGGGUUGAUUGUUCUCACUGUCAGAAAAUUUCUCCUUAUUUCUAGGUUGAAUCUCUCCUUCAUCAGUUUCCAUCCAUUAUUUCUUGUCUGGUCUUCGGGUGCUUUGGAAAAUAGAUGGACACCCUUCUCUCUGUGGCAGCCCCUCAAAUAUUGGAAGACUGCUAUCCUGUCUCCCCUGGUCCUUCUCUUCACUAUACUGGCUGUGCCCAGUUCCUGCAACCGUUCUUCAUAUGUUUGGAGAAAGGGGGUGGGGAUUUGCCAUGGGGAAAUUCUCUAGACUUGCAACACAUGUGAAAUCCCAGUUCCUUGAAAGCAUGCAGAGUUUGUACGACAAAACCCAGGAUCAAAGGUUUCCCAGUAUCAUGGCUUCUAAUUCUGGGACACAACCCUACCCCAGCGUUUAUAAAUCAUGAGGGUUGGGCUUGCGGGUAAGGCUAAGCUGUCAGUAGUGAAUUCCACUUACCUUUGCUACUGGUUUGGAACUGGUGAGCAUGUGCGUAGACAGAACCUUCUGUGCAUGGCGCAGAGCAUCCGUGAUGACGUCCGGGCGGGUGGGUAGAGCCUCCCGCCACUGCUACUACUGGUUCACCCGAACCAGUAGAAACCCACCACUGUAAGCCGUCCUUUGUGGCAUGGCAACCGCACCUUGAUUAGAUUCGGGAUGGAUAAACCAUGGUUUACAACUAAGUUGGAUUCACCCAACACACCAAAGAAAGAAAUCAGGUUACACAGUUUAGCUGAGUGCUCAGGACCAGAAAACUGUAGGUCUAGCGUCGCUGUGCAGAAGCUGACAGCAGAUCCAGCUGAAGACAAUUCACAGUGGGAGGACCCUCGCUUCUGGAGAUCUGAGAGGUGACGCCAGCAGAAGGAGGGGUGGGGCAGGCCUGGAUAAAUGCUGAGUUAUGGAGCCACACCCCACAGCCUAUAUAAAGGACCUGCUUUUGCCAUUCCAACUUUGAGUCAAGCAAAGUCUUAUCGAGUUGGCUGAUACCGGACCCUAUCGCUGAAGUCACAGCUUGGACUCCUGCCUGCCCUGAUAAACCUUGAAGGAACUUGGCAAGCUGCAGAGGCUUCGUUGCCAAGUUUGUUACGGACUUCUUUGGCUCAUUCGUCAGAGUGUGGGUGGGACACGACACAUGGUAAGUUCAUAAGUUCUUACUUAAGGGCCCUUCCAUUUGAAUUCCUCUUCCGUUGGCCUGACAGGUUGCCCCAGACGGCUUAAAAAGGUUUUGUCACAGGAGCAAAAAAUACACAGAUUUACACAAACCUCGGUGCAACGCAUACCUUCCCUGCUGUCACAAGCUCCCGUUGAAUGACCUAGUUAGAAUUGUAUCAAUCCUUUGUCGUAGUUCUGGAUCUCCUUUCUUUGUACAAAGGGAGUACAAACAACCGAGCGGAGUUGAAAUAUAAUGGCGCCCCCCCAAAAAGGCACCAUUCCUUGCUAAGGGGGUUUACGCAUACAGAUUUCCUGCUAAGCCACAAUGGGGGUUGUAGAGAGUUGUGCGAAUCUAUUGGGCUUUGGGGGGGGGAAAAAUCAAAGACUGUGAUUGGGUGGCUUUCUCCAAUGUCAGCAUCCUCCAGGCAGGCGGGACUUCCAAAGCAGAGGUGAGAUUCACAUCAUUUACCUACCGGUUCGCCCAGCAUUGCAAAUGUCAGUGCAUGCACGCGGGGGCUCGCUUCAUUUGCAUGCGCCACCUCCAAGCUGGCUUCGCUCACACGUGCCACCUCUUUGCACAUGCCCAGUCUUCCACACAUGCACUUUGCUUGCUCGUGCACUUUCCACGCAUGCGCCCGGCCUCAAAAACAUGGCUAAAUAUGACAGCAAAGAGCCAAGGCGGAUGGCCGGGCCCAUCCGCAAUUUCCGCUACCAGUUUGUCAAAACCGGUCUGAACCGCCUGAUUACCCAAAGUCAGAAAGCCUCAGCAAUGGCCAUAUAUCUACAGGGCACCCUUGGCUGAGUGUAUUCUAUCAACCCUGCGAAUCGUGGGUUAUUCCAUAAAUACGGUUCGACAGCUCACCUGAAUCCAACUGGUUUUAAUCUCUGCAUGAGCAUAACGCUUUUGUGGCACCUUAAAGAGUGAUCAAUUUUACAUUCAUGUUAGUCUUCCUCGAUAAGAGUGCCAGUUUGGUCUGGUGGAAAAGGCAGCAGGCUAGAAACCAGGAGACUGUGAGUUCUAGUCUUGCCUUAAGCAUGGAAGCCAGUUGGGUGGCUUUGGACCAAUCCCUGGGAGAUUGUGAACUCUAGUUCUUAGGCAUGAAAGCUAGCUGGAUGACUCUGAACCAAUCACUAGGAGACUGUGAAUUCUAGUUCUGCCUUAGUCAUGAAAGCUAACUGUGUGACUCUGGACCAGUCACUAGGAGACGGUGAAUUCUAGUCCUGCCUUAGUCAUGAAAGCUAGCUGGGUGAGUCUGGACCAGUCACUAGGAGAAGAUGAAUUCUAGUUCUUAGGCAUGAAAGCUAGCUGGGUGGCUCUGAAUCAAUCGCUAGACGGUGGUGAAUUCUAGUCCUGCCUUAGUCAUGAAAGCUAGCUGGGUGGCUCUGAAUCAAUCACUAGGAGACGGUGAAUUCUAGUCUCGCCUUAGUCAUGACAGCUAAUUGGGUGAGUCUGGACCAAUUAUUAGGAGACUGUGAAUUCUAGUUCUGCUUUAGUCAUGAAAGCUAGCUGGGUGACUUUGAGGCAAUUACCAGGAGACUGUGAGUUCUAGUCACCCUUUAGACAUAAAAGGGUGAUUUUGGAUCAGUUAAUCCCUGUCAGCCCACAAACAUCAGGCCCACAAUACGGUGACCAGCCAAUUGGUCAGUUCCUAUCAUAACCAAUGUUAUCAACGUUUGAUUGUUAAAAAAAGAAACCAGAUCCUUCACUUUCUGGAAAACAUUAGGAAGAAAAAAAUAAUAAUUUUCAUUGAUCACGAUGGAGAUAUAAUCCAUUGGUAAUCAACCUUGCUAAUUUUUCUAGUGCCACAAAAUUCUGUCCCAUCCCUCAAAAAAAAACCCUCACUUAAGAUAGGUGUCUUUUUCUGGAAAUAGUGAGCGCGUGUCUGUACAAGCUGCGGAUUUAUUAAGAGAUAAACCUAAACCAAAAUAUAUUCAACUCAGACACAAACACGUAGUGGGGUGUGUGUAAAUAUAUAUAUAUCGCUCUCUCUUUCAUCAUCAUCACAGUGGCUUAAAAGAGCGAUGCGUAAAAAUAACUCGAGUUCAACCUGAGCACAAACUGGCAAUUUUGGCUCAAAACGAGCAGGAGUUAAAUACUCUCUCUGUCAACAUAUAAAUGCACAGUAGCCCUGCCGAGGAACCUAUCUGGGGAGGAGAAGCUAGAGCCUGCCAAAACGUAUCAGAAGCAAUACAGUUCCCCAUCCUGUUACAGAAAUUAAGUCUUAGAUCAUCUUUUAACCUCAAAGCAGAUGGACGCAAACCCAUCAGCUACUUUAACUGCCCUUUCAAAUGCUGUAUUCACACAACCCCCUUCCAACCAGUGGCUGUCUUUACAUGCCCUGCUAACUGUGAUUUACUGAAUGAAUCCAGUUGCUUGGGUACUCGCAAUUUGGGUUGUUAGCUAGUUUAUUCACAUUUUAAGUAAGUAGGCUGUGCAAACCCAGCCAGCCAAGGUCAGUACAAGCCAUGAUAUGACAAGUUACUUGUCCCCACUCUGAGGACAGCUAUAGCCAGGGUUCUAUUGUGGUUAGUAUGAAGGGGAAUUCAGCUCCAAGUCCCCAUUUAUUCCUGGAUUUGGUCUGUCUCAGAUUGGAUUGACACAACACAAACAAUUACAAGCAAAUACACAUACUGCAAUGGGUACAAUAGCAAUUAACAGUGUCAAACUAUUUACUAAGUCUGCACUACUAUUAAUCUUGUCAUCGUUCCUAUCACCCAUCUCUUUCCACUUAUGACUGUAUGACUGUAACUUUGUUGCUGGUAUCCUUAUGAUUUAUAUUGACUGUUUCCUAAAUUGAUUUGAUUGCUUAUUUGUACCCUAUGACCAGAGGUGGGUUUCAGCAGGUUCUGACCAGUUCUGGAGAACCGGUAGUGGAAAUUUUGAGUAGUUCGGAGAAUCGGUAGUAAAUGGGGCUGGCUCAGCCCCCAUCUAUUCUCUGCCUCCCAAGUCCCAGCUGACUGGGAGGAAAUGGGGAUUUUGCAGUAACCUUCCCAGGAUUGGGGAGGGAAUGGAGCUUUUACAUAUCUUUCCCCCACCACGCCCACCAAGCCACGCCCACCAAGCCACACCCACAGAACCCAUAGUAAAAAAAAUUGAAACCCACCACUGCCUAUGACCAUCAUUAAGUGUUGUAUCUUAUGAUUCUUGAUGAAGUUAUCUUUUCUUUUAUGUACACUGAGAGCGUAUGCACCAAAGACAAAUUCCUUGUGUGUCCAGUCACACUUGGCCAAUAAAAUUCUAUUAGACUUAUACUUAUAUGCCGCUUCACAGUGCUUUACUGCCCUCUCUAAGUGGUUUACAGAGUCACCUCGGAAGAAUGGAAGUCUGAGUCAACUUUGAACCAUUGAGAAUCCAACUGCUGGCAGUCGGCAGAAUUAGCCUGCAAUACCGCAUUCUAACCACUGAACCAUCAUGGCUCACUAAGGCAGGAUUAAAAUUCACCACAUCCUGGUUUCUAGCCUGGUGCCUUCGGAGGGUCUCUUAAAAAGGGAAACAACUUUGCAACGUUUUAAAUUUAAUAUCUUACCAAGCCUCCCAUCUUCCAUGAAUGGACAAAGGCAGAUUCAGGCUAAAUGUGCCAAUUUUCCAGCGCUAUGUAAAUUUUGAAAUGUUUGAGAUCUGGAACACCCCUGGAAGCCAGAGGCGAAAUCAUGACAUCAUUGGCAAUCAAGUGCUCCCAUUUUUAAGAGCCUUUUUGCAGCCUGCCAAGCCACGAAACACAACAGAGCUUGCUUUCCAUCCCAAGAACUCCUGCCAUUCUCUCCUUGGUGCCUGGGACUUUUGGCCUCCUGUCAAUCUUCCUCCCUUCCUUUUCCUUCCCAGUGAACAAAGCUAGAUGUCUUGUCUCUUGGGCGGCAUGGAGGAGGUAGCAGCAAAAGAAAUAUUUGGAUGGGGGAGGGGGAAAGAGGGCAACGG